AUGCGGUUACACUCCAAUGCUUUUCUUUUCGAAAGCGCGAGGAUUCUCGGAGGGUACAGACGCGAGAGGAUUGCGAAAGCGUGUUUCCAUCUGUUCAUUUAACGCCGUCUGGUUUCGUUUCACACGAGCGGUGCUAGCGUCGCGCCGCCGUCCACUUCCUUGCUCAACUUUUCCCUUCCACUCUCGUCUUGCUAUGACGCGUGAGAUUCCCUGUCGCCCUCGCAGAUAUUUCCUUCUCAACCACAGUAGUUUCCGGUUUCAACGCUUCUUCUUCGGAAGCGGAAACUGUCGCAUCGAGUGCGCUAGCUAGUUUGCGGUGCGCCUUGCCGCAAGAGUUCGGGACUUCUCCCUGUGUCUCUCGCGAAAAAACCCUGGGUUCCAAACAGAGCAAUUUCGGGAAAUUUUUUAUGGAACGCAGUGGACAUCUCUGCAAAAUGGAACCGUGGAAGCAAAAGGUCCCGCAGUGCUUAUCUCUUCAUGGAAGCAACUCUCUCAGGGGUGGAAAGAGAACUUACAACUGCAAUGUCCUCAUGGACAACUGGCGAAAUGACCGCUUGGACGCCCACAACGACCAAAAACUAACAUCCUGGCGCAUUCCCCAUCCACUCUACACCGAACUCCCGCAAGGAUCGAAAUACGAAACGCAUUAUCGACAGAGCUACGAUUAUGAGGACUGGGCACGGCGUCCGGUGCGGCUGUCAAAAUACGGCCUUUUAGGACAUGAUGAUUCAGGAGCGGAAUCCUGGACCACAGAAACACGGUCUGAAUACGAGCCGCCGAGACUCCGAAGAGAUCAGCUUAAGGCCGCAGGUCAAUGGCCCUACGGGGAAGAUAUCUAUCCGCGACAUGUCCACGGAAACGAGGAAUUUAUGUGUCCUCAUCCCAUGGCGAUUCACGUGAGUCGAACGCACCGAGAAGACUACAUUCGUUCAUUGACUCCGCGACCGGCGUAUGAAAGACCUCCCGCGGGAGUUCCAAGCAGCUCUGGUCGCUUGCCUGGCGUCCCGCCGUAUGCAAAUGACCCCAUUUCGCACCAUGGCGGAUCUCAAGAGCAGAGGCAUUUCUGUCGUAUGCCAUGCCGGAACCCAAGUGGUUCGUCAUCUGUCCAGGGAACCACCGGAGUGGAUGCACGUGCGUCGCCUGCAGGCUCUCCCGUUUUCGCUGGACAGGUCCCUGCUCAGGUGAAACAGGAAGGUGGGGAAUGUGGGCAAGGCUAUGCAGGAAUCGCCGCCACAGAAGAUGGUCUCGUUGAUCACGGGAAUUCUCAGACAGACCGCAGUGCAGGGCAACACUGCAUGCUAAACGCUUCGGGAGGUUCGGAGCGAGCUCACGCAGCCGCAAACACUUCGACAUGUCCCCAAAGGAAGGAAUCCGACCCGCAGCCAACUGUAUCUUGGGCUGCCGUUCCCUGCCAGUGAUUGAAAGCGUUUUGUUCGGAGUCCGAACCCACAAGUGCUCGUAACACCACUCGUUUCUCUUUGUUUACAUGCGGGAAGCCAUGAACAGACGGGGUCAUGACAUCAAGGUCAGCAAGACCCCAACCAUUCAGUAGCUUCAGAAGUCAGAACUGUCAAGCCAGUACUUAAUGCACAACACUAUUGAUGAGUUGCCCUUGCAGGUUUGUCAAUGCAACGGGUCUUUGUCUCCGCGGACGCGUUUUCUGGGGAACAGCGAGAAAAAGGCAAAGUGUUUUGUAUCGUUGAAGAGCCGCACAUGCUAUGGGACCUCUGAAGGCGACUAGGUUGUUUCCUAGUGGUACAAGAGCCGUCCGUGCUGGCAUGUGUCGGGGAAAUCCGAGUCUGCUCGGUGUCGCAUUUUUACGGAUCAUCCUCAUUGUCUGAUGGGGUGCAGCUUGUUUGGGUGUGUGUCUCGUGCGGGCGUCGCUGAGGCUAGGGUAAACUCUCAACGCUUUAGUUCUGGACGACAGUUACACAAAACGGAAGAUGCUGGUUUUCGUCUUUUUUGCCAAGCACCGUGCCGCUCAUGGAACACCCAGGCAUGUUUUGCGGUGCCGUUCCUCACAGAUGUGAGGAGCGGCUACUCGCGAGUGUUGCCGCACCGGAGAUUCUGUGGGAAAACAAACUCUUGUACUAUGAAUCAGAUUUCCGCGCGUCACUGAUAUGUACAUGGAUUUACAGUAUUCCAAAGAACACCUGAUUCGUCUCUAGCCCGUCCAAGGUAAUUCGGGAGUUUCGUACCGUAAGUUCAUUUUUGGCUUCUGGGGUCUGUAAGGCUUAUCGGACGAGGAGUUGUGCUUCACUGGUCAAUUCUCGAGCCCUCCAAAAAGUAGCAAGGCUCACAUUUUCUCCAAACGCACUUCUUGUCCAAAGACAACAAAGAGUGGG